GUUAACGAGGAAGAUAACAGUCAAAGUUCAUUACUUUCUCCUAUCUAUCGGUAACCGCAGUAUUGUUACUUAGUCAUCUUUUAGUAUUGGACGAGACACUAACCUUACUUCAACUGACAUAUUAGAAGCUAUAAGUACAGAAUGAAAUUCUUCAUCGCUCUUGCUAUGCUGGUGGUGCUGGCCGCGGGCCAGGAGACCUACACGCCGGAGAACGACGACCUGGACAUCGAUGCGCUGGUCAGCAACCCAGAGUCCCUGAAGGCCUGGUUCAACUGCUUUGUGGACCAGGGCCCGUGUGACAAGGUCCAGACCACCUUUAAGGCUGACUUGCCCGAAGCGAUACAGCAAGCGUGUGCUAAAUGCACGUCGGCACAAAAGGUGAUUAUGAAGAAAUUCCUCGCUGCCCUGAAGGAAAAAUCCCCUGGCGACUACGAAGUCUUCAGGCAGAAGUUUGACCUAGAAAACAAGUAUUUUGGGCCGUUGGACAAGGCUAUUGCAUAAAUGCUUGCAACUGAUAUGUCCCAAUACUGUUACAGGCGUAAUAAACGCAUAUGAUUUUUAA